UUUGAUGAAAGUUUACUCUAGGUCCCUGAGAACACAGGAGAAACGAAUACAUUUCCAUCUUUACCUAGGAAUGUUUCUCCAGGUAUCUAUCAGACUAAUCCUGUACUUGGAGCAGAGAUCCAACAUGAACUCAACCCUGCAGGAUCGGAUCCAUGGAGCACUCUCCGGCUGGAGGGGAUUCUCAGAAACGGAAGUACUAUGUGAACUGAUGAUUAUACUGCUGGAGUAUGCUAAAACUGUAAUGUUCCACUGGAUGUUUAUUGAGGGUAUCCAUCUACAUAAUAUCCUAGUUGUGAAUGUGUUCCUGACUAACUCUGACAGAAACCAAACCAUCUAUCUCCUGGUUGGAUGGUUAUUGCCUAUUCUAAGCACUGGUAUCUGGGCGUUUGUUUCAACUCAAACCAUUCAUUCGCAAUGCUGGUAUGGAUACAACCAUGAGAUAUAUUACUGGAUAUCUGAGGGACCAAGGCUUUGCGUCAUAGCUAUAAAUUUUCUAUUCCUGAUUAACAUUCUCCGUCUUCUUUAUUCUAAAUUUGGUUCAACUUCACAAGAUCAAAGUUCUCUCAGGAUAGAAGGAGAGUCCGCACAAACCGUCAACGGAUCUAUCUCGGGUAUUCGAGGAGGGAACGAUUCUAUUAGUUUGGAAGGAUUAAGGUCGAGUCUUAAAGCAGCCAUAGUUCUUCAACCUCUUCUUGGAAUUUCCAACUUCCUUCAGAUUGUUGACAGCCCAUACGAUGCCGGUAUCAUCUACUUCACCUUCUGGUCCUUCAGCACGAGCCUACUGGCCAGCUUGCAGGGGUUCUUCGCCGCAACGUUCUACUGCUUCUUCAACAAGGAUGUUCACAAAGUGAUUCGUCACCUUGUAUCUGUUGAAACUACCCGGAGAAGAAACCUGAGCGGAUUACCUAGGACGGAUAGCUCUAGAACCAGAGCAUCAUUCAAUACAAGGUCGAGCAGGAUAGAGAGACCACAAUGGUGUGAGGAGGAGAGAGCAGGGGGUAGACUAGGAGUCUGGAGUCCCAGGGGGAGAAGUGAGGAGGAGAGAGCAGGGAGUAGACUAGGAGUCUGGAGUCCCAGGGGGAGAAGUGUAUCAACCAGAGGUUGGAAUCGAACAGACGGAAAAGAAAACCUCGCCAAAAAUAUAAUUAUGGAAAUUGAAACUGAAAUCUAAAUAAAGUAUUUAUUCAA